GCACAUAAAUAGCUCCAUGCAUCAACGGAAAACCUCAUUCUCAGUUUGGAAGGCAUCCUGAUCUGCUGUUCUCAAGCGUGAGUGAAAAACCUGCGUUCACAGAUUUUAAAUCAGUUUUAUUAACUUAUUGCUACUUGAAAAGUUCAACUCAAAAUGCGUGAAUGUAUUUCUGUACACGUUGGCCAAGCUGGUGUCCAGAUUGGCAACGCCUGCUGGGAGCUGUACUGCCUGGAACAUGGAAUUCAACCCGACGGACAAAUGCCAUCGGACAAAACUAUUGGAGGAGGCGAUGAUUCAUUCAACACCUUCUUUAGUGAAACUGGCGCCGGCAAGCACGUGCCGCGUGCCGUUUUCGUCGAUUUGGAACCGACUGUAGUGGAUGAAGUUCGCACUGGAACCUAUCGGCAGUUAUUCCAUCCGGAGCAAUUGAUCACCGGAAAGGAAGAUGCUGCUAACAACUACGCUCGUGGUCAUUAUACCAUCGGAAAGGAAAUUGUGGAUUUGGUCCUGGAUCGCAUCCGCAAGCUAGCUGAUCAGUGCACCGGUCUACAAGGAUUCCUAAUCUUCCACUCAUUCGGUGGUGGUACUGGAUCCGGUUUCACUUCGUUGUUGAUGGAACGUCUGUCUGUUGACUAUGGCAAAAAAUCUAAACUUGAAUUUGCAAUUUAUCCGGCUCCUCAAGUUUCCACCGCUGUCGUCGAACCAUACAACUCCAUUUUGACUACCCACACUACCUUGGAACACUCGGAUUGUGCAUUCAUGGUUGACAACGAAGCAAUUUACGAUAUUUGCCGCCGCAACUUGGACAUUGAGCGACCAACUUACACAAACUUGAAUCGACUGAUUGGUCAGAUUGUUUCUUCAAUCACCGCUUCGUUGCGUUUCGAUGGAGCUCUGAAUGUAGAUCUGACCGAGUUCCAAACCAACUUGGUACCAUACCCACGUAUCCAUUUCCCGCUGGUCACCUACGCUCCGGUUAUCUCAGCAGAAAAGGCUUACCAUGAGCAACUCUCGGUAGCUGAGAUCACGAACGCAUGUUUCGAGCCAGCUAACCAGAUGGUUAAAUGUGACCCACGUCACGGUAAAUAUAUGGCUUGUUGUAUGCUAUACCGUGGUGAUGUUGUCCCUAAGGAUGUCAACGCCGCUAUUGCCACCAUCAAAACUAAGCGCACCAUCCAAUUUGUUGACUGGUGCCCAACGGGUUUCAAAGUCGGCAUUAACUACCAACCCCCAACCGUUGUUCCAGGUGGUGAUCUGGCCAAGGUGCAACGUGCCGUGUGCAUGUUGUCCAACACCACGGCAAUUGCCGAAGCCUGGGCUCGUUUGGAUCAUAAGUUUGAUCUGAUGUACGCCAAGCGUGCCUUUGUCCACUGGUAUGUCGGUGAAGGUAUGGAGGAAGGCGAGUUUUCGGAAGCACGUGAAGAUUUGGCCGCUCUUGAGAAGGAUUAUGAGGAAGUUGGCAUGGACUCUGGUGAAGGUGAGGGCGAAGGAGCUGAGGAAUAUUAAAUUGCGCAGUUUCGCACAAACACGAAAAUUACUGCUCCAUGGCAGAAUUCCAAAUUUCAAGAAAUAAAAUCAACGCAUAAAUUAAUGA